GGUUUUGACAGGAAACAGGAAGUAGUAUCUAACGCGUGCGUGCAACGUGGCCUCCAUCUUGUGUACGACGGAAGCUGUCAACAUAAAUCUGAGGCGUGUUUAUCAACGUUCACUCCAGAGUGAAAAAGAGAGAUAUCUUCUGACAGGUUUCCAGUUGUAUGAACAGACAAGUGGAUUAACACCAAACUGACUCGUAAUUAGUUUACCUGAUAGUAAAAACGGAACAGUUUAAUAUGUGGUAGUCUGACACUCAUCAUCCACUAGUUACCAUUGACAACACCAGCUGUAGAGAUGGGAGCCAACAGUAGUAGUAUGGGUGAGCUGGCCAAUAACGACUACCUAAAACGUCUGGCCAGUAACACCCCCAUCAACCCUAUAGACCCGUUCUUGAACCAGCUACUAUCUUACUCCUUCCUCAUACCCAUCAACAGUGCUGAUGGUAAACUUCUGGAGGAAUCCACAGUGGGCAUCUGUAAGACUCUAGCUAUCAAUAAUGCCCGCUCAGGAAACUUCGGAGCACUAGUUCGAAACUUCCUUGUACGGGCAACGGAACUGAAGGCCUCGGCACAGUGUGAAGAUAACAUCUUUACUUGGCAGACCUACAAUGCCCUGUUUGUCAUCAGAAGUCUGUGUAAAUACUUCGUGGAACACCUCAGUGAAGAACUCAUUCUACAACAGUUUGAGGCCAAACCUCCAGACAUGGGAGGUUACGCUGACCCUGAGGACAUCGGACCACUGACAGAGGAACUGAUGAACUCGCUGGUAGAACUCCUUGUUGAUGUACCCGUCGUGAGUUUUACGUAUGCUCUCCACCUCGAGGCUCUAAACACACUGUUGGUGUUGCUGUCUCUACAAAUGUUCCAGCCCCAACCUGCCUCCAAGUUCGUCUUAUACAAAUACAUCAUGCAGGGGCGAUGUUCCAUCCACGCCUGUCUGCUGGUCAAAUCUCUGUUACGGAAUUUUUCAAUCCAAGAGAAGUGCCCGCCUGAAUUAUAUAAACACACUGGUGACGGUAAUAGUGUCAUGGCUUCCGUCGCUGCCAGUUUUUGGUCUGUGAUGACACUAGGUAUGGGAGGAGCCACAGAAAAGAAGGACGAUGAUUUCCAUGAGACAUUAUUAGCCAAUCAGAGCCUUUUAUUUAUGUUGGUGCUGACUAAUCACUGUACGACAGAUCACGGCAUACACAACCCAUACAGACAGGCAUUGUUCGCCUUCACAAACUCACAAGACCCGUCAUCCUCAAGUCCUACCCAAACACCAGCCACAUUCAAACUAGAUUUCAGCCAAUUAUACGAUGCCUUAUGUGUUGCCCUUAGAGACGACCAAUCAACACUGCUGUUAUAUUUGCUCAUACACCGGAACACACUAAUGAAAGCAUUCAUACUGUCGAGGACAAAUAUCGAUCAACUGGUGAUGCCACUACUGAAGAUCCUAUACCACGCCCAGGAUAGAAACUCCCACCACAUAUACAUGGCUCUUAUCAUCCUCCUUAUACUUAGUGAGGACGAAGUUUUCAACAAAGCUGUCCACGAAAUCGUGAUAAGAAAUAUUCCCUGGUUCAAAGAGAGGCCGAUCUCUGAGAUAACACUGGGCGGUCUGCUGAUACUGGUGGUGAUCAGAACGAUACAGUACAACAUGACUCGUAUGAGGGACAAAUACCUGCACACAAAUUGUCUGGCCGCCCUUGCUAACAUGUCAUCUCAAUUUACCAACCUCCAUCCUUAUGUUGCCCAGAGACUAGUCAGUUUGUUUUCCCAAUUGUGUAAAAAGCACUCCCGCAUCAUUGAGCAAAUACGACAGGCCGCUAUGGAACCUGCGGGGUCGGGAGAGGCUGAGGGUGGCGCAGAGAAAGAGGAUCACGAGGAGGAGCCAGACCCGGAACAGGAUUAUAUGCAGGACCUUGCUGUACUGGAGGAGGUGCUAAGGAUGAUGUUAGAGAUACUAAACUCCUGUCUGUCAAGUUCCCUCCAUCACAACCCUAACCUGGUCUACACUCUCCUCUAUAGGAAGGAGCUGUUCGCCCAGUUCAGGACGCAUCCCACCUUCCAGGACAUCAUACAGAACGUUGACACGGUACUCUCCUUCUUUAAUACAAAACUAGAACAAAAUGGCCACAAAGCUAACGUGUCCCCGGCUGAAGUGUUGGAGCUGAUCAAAGACGGCUCCAAACAAUUCCGAAGAGACCACUUACGGAAAUUCCCGGAUCUGAAGUUUAAAUAUGUAGAAGAGGAAUCGCCAGAGGAAUUCUUCAUCCCCUACAUCUGGUCCCUAGUCUAUCACUCAUCAAACAUGUACUUCAACGCCUCCCGCAUCGUCCUCUUCUCGCUCACAUCUUCAUGAUGAAAGCCAUGUGACUCAAGUCGAGGUCAUGAUUAUUACUGAAUGACAAAGGUCAAGGUCAUAUGACAGUUACAUGACUAAGGUCAAGAUCAUAUGACAGUGACAUGACUAAGGUCAAGCUUACAACUGCAGAUGAACUACAUUCAAGAUCAUGAUUACUGGAUUGUAGUCAAGGUCAUGUUGACACUAUCUGGUCUGUGAUCAAAAUCCCCCAGAGUACUGUUGUCAUGGUUACCAGUGCCACAGGACCAGGUUUAAAUGCAUGGUUAUUGAUAUGGGCCACUUCUGGACUGUGUGUCAUAAUGACGGUCACAAGACUAAAGUCAAGAUAAUGAUUGUGAUUACCAGGCUAUGAUCACCAUCCUGUCAACUCUGUAUGGGCUACGGACAUUAUCAUAAUGAUCUCUACAGGGCUAUAGCAGAGGUCAUAGUGACUGCUACAAAAUCAUGGUCAUUUUUGAUCUUGUGAAUUAUUCUAAAUAGAAUCAAGGUCAUAUUGUUACUGUGAGACUUAGUCAAGGUCAUGAUGAUCACUGAGACUAGGUCAAGGUCAUGAUCACUGAGAUUAGGUCAAGGUCAUGAUGAUCACUGUGAGACAAGGUCAAGGUUAUUUUAUGUAAUACAUAUCUGUGUUAGAUAUUUGUCCCAAGUAACAGUACAGAGAGAAUUUCAAAAUAUAUGUUCAGUGUGAGUUAAAAGAUAAGGAUUUUUUUACUGUAUAGUUGUUUAAUUCCACAGGGAUAAUACCUUGCUAUCGUCCUUAUCAGAACUAGUUCACGGGGAUUCAAUUUGUACAACACUGCCUCUUCAAAAAUAUUCAGAGAUUUUAAAUCACGAUUUUAAUAUUCACCAGAUAUUUAACUUCACACUAUCAUUGAUGGCCACCAAUAUAGCGAAAGUAAAACCCCUGUGAAUAUUACCAAGUAUAGAGAAGCUCUCGAAGAGUGUUCCUCAUAAUGUUUUGUAGUUUGAAUAGUUAAUGGUGAAUGUAUUUAUAGCCAACAUAUUAACCCUUUUACCCCUAGGUAACUUUAGUAGACUCUACCAUACAUUUAUCUGGGCGAGUCCAUUAUGGUCUACAGU